GAAGCGAAUGGGUGUCAACUACUCCACCCGGCACUGCUUCGCAUUCAUCUCCAUCUUUCUCCUCCUAGCAGGUGUGACGACUCUCAUCGUCUGGCUCGUGUACCGCCCAAGCAAGCCGAGCUUCCACGUCAUCGGCGCUGCCAUCUACGACGUGAACACGACCUCGUCCUACGUAGUCUCCACAACCAUGCAGUUCACAUUGGUUGCCCACAAUCCCAACAAGCGAUCCGCCGCAUACAUCGAUCGCCUUUCCGCCUACAUCUCGUACAGGGAAGAAGUGAUCACGGCGCCAGCUCCGCUCCCACCGAUGUUCCUGGAGAGGGAAGGGACGGUGAUCAUGUCGCCGAUGCUGGGAGGUGAGCCGGUGCCGGUGUCGCCGAAUGUUCCGGGUGGGCUGGUGACGGAUGAGGCGUAUGGGGUGGUGGCGCUGAGGGUGGUGUUGUUGGGGAGGUUGAGAUGGAAAGCUGGAGCGUUUCGAAGCGGACACUAUGGGAUGUUUGCGAAAUGUGAUGUGUUGAUAGGUUUGAAGAAGGGUCAUGUUGGGGAAGUUCCUAUACUAGGCUCUCCUGAUUGUAGUGUUGAUGUUUGAGUUUUCAAUGCCUUUUUCUUCUCUGUUGGGUCCUUUUGUAAUUGGGCUUGCUUGUUGUAUUCUGCAACACCAUAGAAGAAGAAGAAGAAAAAGUAGAGUGUUUAAAUGCAUGUUAUAGUAUAAUGGAUAUUAAAGAGAAAAUCCUUUCUUCUUUUAUCAA